AUGGCGUCUUCCGCAACAGAGACGGGCAAGCCGUCCAAGCCGACCGCAGAAAACAUCCCCGAGUCACCUACCACAGCUCGCCCCCUCGAGAUGGACGACGACGACGUGCAGGACACGAGCAUCGUCGCCAACGACGCGACCGCUACACCUACAAAGACUGCCGCUGUGGCGAGACCAACAGCCCCCGAAGACCAACCCCCCGCCGGCGAAGCUCAUAAUGCAGCUCCUACUGAGCCCGAAGCUCCGCCUGCCAAGCCUCCUCGUCCCAUGUCGGAAGCUCAGAAAAACGAAAUCAUCCUCAAGGAAGCCUUCCCGUCAGUUGAUCAGGGUGUUAUCAAGGCUGUCCUGAGAGCUAGCGGCGGAAACGUUGAACCAGCAUUCAACGCGCUACUAGAAAUGACCGACCCAGACGCCGCAAAGAACGAACCCGAGGAGCAGCCGCCAGCUCGCCCUCCUCGUCCUCAGGGACAAGCGCCGAUCUCGCAGGUCGAGGCCGACGAGCUUUACGCGCGACAACUUGCUGAGCACUACGACAAUGUCGGAGCAUACGAGGCUCGCACCUCGAGCCUCAACCGCGGCGGCCGGUCGGGGCACCCCGAAGAUGACGACCGCGAGCACAGCUUUCUCGACGACGACCUCCCUGUCAUCCGGGAGAACCUGCGUAAGGGAUUCCUCGACACGCAAACAAAGGUCAAUGGUUGGAUUGCGGGGAUAAGAAAGAAGCUGGAAGAUAGCUUCGAUGAGACAGAAGAGCGCACGCAGAGUGAGGGCCAGCCCUUUCGACGCCAAGGCGAGGCCAGUCGCCGUAGCGGUGACUACGACCGAUACGAUGCCGACCCGCAAGUUCUCAGUGAUGAUUUUGCUGGCAUGCGAUUUUCAUCGGAUGGCCAUCCCACCAAUCACCCGCUAUCGAACCAGGGCCUGCAUCGACCUCCUCCCCCAUCGAAGUCACCGAGACCCGAUGGUCGUAGAGUCGGUUUCAAGGAAGGCCACGAGGAGAUUAACAUGUACGACUCGUCACCGAAGGUGCCCCCAAAAGACAACCCGGCUGCCGCUCCGGGCAAGGCCAGCAAGUGGCAGCCGCUGUCCACUGUCGAGCCUGAGCCCAUCACGGACAAUGAUCCGUUUAGCCUAGGCGAUAGCGAAGAUGAGAAGGAAGCCAAGGAGACAAAGCCGAAGGAUAUCAAAGAGGACAAAGCUGGCAGCGCAACUAAAGUGGACGACGCGGCGGAGCGCGUCAAGAAGGCGACCGCCGAGGCCAUGGCGGACAGCCUCGGCGAGUCGAUCAAGGCCGAAGAGACUGGGGAUAAGAAGAACUAA